GUGAAAGGUGAGGAGUUGAACUCUGGGCUCUGAAUAGACACAGAGGAACUCUGCUAGGCUGCAACCAGCAGGAGCUCUUGCAGGUACUCUGGUUGCCUUCAGAUCCGUGUGGUGCUUGGCACGAUAGGACACCCACCAGACACGAAAUAUAGUCCUGUGUCUGUCCAUAUAGCGUGGCUAAAAUGCAACUUUUGGAGUGACCAGGUUGUUUUCCACUGCCUGUGCACUAUAAGGGUGGAUUCCAGUGAAGUAAGUUCUAAAAUAGAAGACUCAAGCAAGAGGGAAAAAGGCAGACCAAGCAACUGCUAGGCAGUCAGUCCAUCAUUACAGACAUAUCCUGUUGGUCAGCUUCUGCACCUGCCAGCAGCCUGACUGUUUGUUUGGUGUCAGAACAAGACAUACAUCCUGGGAGGAAAAGGUCUGGGAUGCCAUGAAGAUCACUGCCUUUGUCCUGGUUAUGGGGCCGUUGGUAUUCGCUGCCUUAAUGAACACUGUUUCUUGGUAUGUACAGAAGAUCUGGGAGACUUCAGGAUAUUUCUGGCAAGCAACAUGGCUAAAGCUCUACUACUUUUUUGAGGGAAGGGAGUGGGCAAUCUUCCUCUUUGGGACUGCACUGGUGCCUAGCCUCGUUUUCUGGAGCUUCAAUGGAAUCCUCAUGAUGGCUGACGUAACAGGAAAGCCAACUUUCAUUACUCGCUAUCGCAUUCAGCUGGGCAAGAAUGAUCCUGUGGAUACAAAGAAAUUGCAACAAGCCAUAUACACAGUGCUGUAUAAUCAGUUCUUUGUCUCCUUCCUAAUGCUUAUACCCAUGUUCUACAUCAUGAAAGGGUGGGGCAACACCUUCAGCAAGGAAAUACCCACCUUCCACUGGUUCCUUGCAGAGCUGAGCAUCUUCACCUCAAUAGAGGAAAUUCUCUUCUAUUAUUCUCACAGGCUUGCUCAUCUCCCACUCCUAUAUAAGCACAUUCACAAGAAGCACCACGAAUGGACAGCUCCCACUGGUGUGGUCUCCAUUUAUGCUCACCCGGUAGAGCACCUACUCUCCAACAUGUUACCUGUUAUGACUGGCCCGAUGAUCAUGGGGUCUCAUAUUGCUUCAAUCACAGUGUGGUUCUCCCUGGUUCUUUUAACGACAAGCAUUUCGCACUGUGGCUACCACCUGCCCCUGCUGCCGUCGCCAGAAUUCCACGACUUCCACCACCUCAAGUUCAACCAGUGCUAUGGAGUCCUGGGACUGCUGGAUUAUCUGCAUGGAACAGAUACCCUGUUCAGACAAACCAAAGCCUACAAGAGACAUAGAGUCCUCCUCAGCCUCACACCGCUCUCAGAAAGCAUCCCCGAUUCUCCCAAGAGGGCAGAAUGAGCCCCACGAGCUUGCAGUUCUUGCACAGCCCAGUGACCAGGAGAGCUAGAGACAGCGAUUUAUGCCAAACAGUAUUUUAACUGGGAAGCAGGUUAUUGCUCUUAAGCAACAAAACCCAAAGCUGAACUCAAAUAUGCUACUUGAGAUUCCUGCACUUGCUGUCUAGGGCACAAAAACCUGCUCUAGAAAGGUAUUUUCAAAACAA